AUGAAUCCAAUGUCAAUGGAUAGGGACGAGCCAUCAUCUUUGUUAACAUUUUCUACAAACCACCCCCUGGAGCAAUUUGUACUUCUAGCUAAGGGUGCAAAGGGUUUCGCAUGUGCGGAACUUAUUAAGCAAGUUCUAGAAGCUCCAGGAGUUCACGUAUUUGGUGAACUGUUAGAAAUGCCAAAUAUUAAAGAGCUGGAAACUGGACCAUAUGCUGCACAUUACAGGACAUUAAAUCUAUUUGCUUAUGGUACAUACAAAGAAUAUUUGGAGAACAAAUCUGAUUAUCUGGAACUCACUCCAGUACAAUGUAAAAAGCUACAACAUUUGACAAUUGCAACUUUGGCAACACAGGAAAAAUGUAUUCCAUACAGUGUGCUCUUGAAAGAAUUGGACAUAAAGAAUGUCCGAGAUUUGGAAGAUUUGAUUAUAGAAGCUAUUUAUGCAGAUAUAAUUCACGGGAAACUUGACCAAGAAUGCAAGCUAGUAGAGGUUGAUGUAGCACUAGGUAGAGAUGCUAGGCUGGAAGAUGCUUCCGGCAUUGCAGAUGUGUUGGCAGACUGGUGUAAUGCUUGUGAAGCUGUAUUGAACUCAGUAGAUCAUCAUAUACAGCGUGCUAAUCAUCAUAAACAAAAAUCUCUUAGACACCAACAGGGUAUCGAACAAGAGAUUCUCUAUAUCAAGAAAACUUUAAAGACUCAAGCUGAGAAUGAAGAGUCAGCUUCCGGCGGCGGCACUGAAACCCACUCUGCUCCAAAAAGAAACUCUGGCAAAGGAAAAUCUACCCGCAACUCUAGCAAGUUCUGGCAAAAGAAUACAACA